AUGUAUUCAUUAAUAAUAACAUUUGUUCCCCUUGGUUUUCUCACAGUUGAACGUCCAUAUAAUGAAAAGCAAUUGGUGAAUAUGAUCUUCAUUGCUAAACCUUGGGGAUAUAAAAAACAACAAAUUUUCCCAGAUUCAGAGGUUUUCAAGAUUGAGCUGCUAAAUAUUGAUUUCAAAUCCAUUUUGAGCCUGUCCACGUAA